UCAAAAGGGUGGAGUCUUUUUUCUUUCUUUCUUUUUACUUUCAUUUGCGAUAGCUUUCGUGAAGCUCGCUGCACUUUAAAGGAAUAAGUCAUCGAGGAAACUUUCAUACACAGAGUAGUCCAGCAUGGAAGUGCGUACAAUCAUCCUGGAUAUUUUGGAGGAUCUGACUCAUCAUGAAUUUAUGGAAUUCAGAUGGCACUUAACUGAUGGCAGAAAAGGCAAAACCAAAUUUCCAAGAAGUAUAUUGGAUCACGGGCAUGACUUGCAUGAGACUGUGGAGCGUAUGAUUAGUUACUUGAAUCCUGAUGGUGCUGGGAAGAUAACUGUGGACAUUUUGAAAAUGAUGAGCAGGGAUGAUCUUGCAUGGCAGUUGCAGAUGAAUCUAGAUCAUUAUAUGCGUAGCGAUCCAAAUUACAAGUUAUACAAAUCCAAACAUACUUCUGAGUCUGAUACAGCACAAUCACAGGAGAGAUGCAAACCUGCAGUUCUUAGACAAUGUAAAACUUGUGCUGAUGCCAGGGAAUGUGACGAGCAGGACUCAGAUGAAUGGGAACUGAUUGAACCCAGUGUGAUCUCAGAGGAUGCACAGACAAAGUACAGACUAGAGCUUACAGCAGGCCUUUAUGAAUGCAGCACGACUGGUCUUCGUAUUGAAUGCUCCCGUGAAGUUCAGCUUAAGUAUCACAUUUGUGACUGGGAAUGUGUAGCUGAUUUUCCAGGAAUGGAGCAUUUUACACCGUGUGGCCCCUUGAUGGAUAUUGCUGUCAUCUCAGGAAAACUAAAGGCAGUCUAUCUACCUCACUUUCUGUGUUUAGGUGGAUCUCCUAUUAAUGAUGAAGUGAGGGUUGUUCAUGUUGAAGAAAGUGGGAUUUCAUUUGAGAAAUGCACGUUAACUAGAUUCCAUGCCAAACUCCUGAACCACUACUUCUCCCCGAAAGGUGUUUUAUUGAGGAUUGGCUUCCCUGUAAAUUAUCACUGCGAAACACUUAUCUAUGAAACUCAGAAAUCAUACCUGACACUUCAUGUGUACUUGAUUCCAAGUGAGAAGAAAUUGAUAGAGGCUGCUGAAAACAAUGAGAUUAAAAGCAAGUCAAAACUCAUCUCAAAGCCAGGGCCUGUAUCCUCACUAAAGACGAAGACUUGGUAUUCACUGAUGACGCUGGAUGAAAACAAGCAAUCUGCGUGCAAUUCUGAAGUUCAACCCAAACAGUUAGAGCUCAAGUACAAGCACAUAAAUCCAGACUUCUAUGAAGUAUUCGUUGCUGAUCCAAAUGACUUUCACCUUCAGCUGAUGCCACAACAUCACAGUGAAGGUGUAUGGGAAGCCAAAAUACGUCAAGGUGAUUACAGCCAGAGAGUUUCUUCAGCGGAGGCUGAAGCAGAACAGAAACAAGAAGGAUGCAUAAACUAUAAUGGAGCUGAGUUUGUGGAGAAGCACAGGACAGAGUUGAUCAGUAGAGUGUCUCUGGUGGAGCCCAUUGCAGACGACAUGAGAGAUCUGAUUAAAGAAGAGAAAUACACAAUCGUCUUAAACUCAGGAACAAGACAAUCACAAAUGAGAGCACUUCUGGACUUCCUCACAACACCUAAACUGAAAGAGAAACUUUACCAAAGUCUUCUAGAACAUGAGCAUGCACUUGUUAAUGAUUUGGAGAACCCUGAGUAGAUGGUCAUGCAUCAGAAGAAUGAAUUCCUUAUGGUUUAUUAUUAUUUCACAGCAGAAAUUAAUAUUAUAAUAAGGUCUGGAGUGUUUGUCUAUUAUUACACACUUUGUGGAAUAUACAGUUCUGGCUGGUUUACGCACAUACAGUAGCUGUAAAGUAUAUAUAUAUUUUUAUUUUUAUUCUGUUGUUUAUAUUUUCACAUUAAAUGCCAUUAAGGGUUACGUUUAAAACCCAUGAAUACCUUAACACAAAUCAUUUUAACCUGUACUUUGUGACUUGCUGGAAGUGAUUCCUGCAUCACAUAGGAUGUUACUAAUGCCACUCACACGCUGUGAUUUUUCAGUCAUUUGAUCACUGUUCCUUUCACAAUGCAAUACAGACUACAUGGAUAUCUCUUGAUUGGUUACUUUUUCGGUUAAACGUGAUGUGACUUGUUUUUAUAUUGCACAGUGUAGGUAUAUACUGAUUCACAACAAAAAUAAAUAACUUUAUCCUUAAAAUGUC